CGGCUCCUCCACCUGCUGGGCGUCAGCCAGAGAAUCAAUCACCUCCAGUUCAGCCCGUCAUGAAUCCGUCUGUUCCAAUUAAUGCAGUGCCUUACAUGAUUCAGCCGUAUAAAGGCUAUCCAGUCCAGAGAUACCUUCCAAAUGCCAUACCUCAGACAGCAGGACCUGGACCGGUCCCUCUAGCCGCGGGGCUAGAGCCACAGAAUCAACCACUUCCAGUUCAGGCAGUCAUGAAUCUGCCUGGUCCAAGUAAUCCAGCACCUCACCAGGUUCAGUCAUACACAGUAGGCUACCCAAUCCAAAAUUACCCUCCAAGUGCCAUACCUCAGACAGCAGGACCUGGACCGGUCCCUCUAGCCGCGGAGCUAGAGCCACAGAAUCAACCACUUCCAGUUCAGACAGUCAUGAAUCUGCCUGGUCCAAGUAAUCCAGCACCUCACCAGGUUCAGUCAUACACAGUAGGCUACCCAAUCCAAAAUUACCCUCCAAGUGCCAUACCUCAGACAGCAGGACCUGGACCGGUUCCUCUAGCCGCGGAGCUAGAGCCACAGAAUCAACCACUUCCAGUUCAGACAGUCUUGAAACAGUCUGAUCCAAGCAACCCAGCACUUCACCAAGCUCAGCCAUAUGCAGCACCUGCAGUUCCUCCACCAGUUCUACUUUAUGGAGUACCACCCGGUCUCGAGUACUUCACUCAGAUCGACCAGAUACUUAUUCACCAAAAAAUAGAGUGUAUAAAGAUAUUAUCUGGCUUUGAGUCUAACAACCAGUAUGAGAUCAAGAACGGCAUCGGGCAAGAUAUCUACCAUGCCAAAGAAGAGAGUGACUGCUUUAUACGCAAUUUAUUUGGUCCAGCACACGGUUUUAAAAUGCAUAUUAAGGACAGCAUGGACCAAGAGGUCAUUCAGUUGCAUAGACCAAUGCGCUGCUUCCCGCAAGAGAUUGAGGUACAGGCUCCCCCUGGAGUAAUCAUAGGCUAUGUGAAACAGGAGUGGUCUUUUUUACCAAAAUUCACCAUCCUGGGCCCCAAUAAUGAGGUACUACUGAAGAUCCAGGGACCCUUCCUUCCAUUCAAUUGCUGUGGUGACAUAGACUUUGAGGUUAAAGGCGGUUUUGGUGAACAGUCUUUUGGUCGAAUCACAAAACAACAGAGUGUUUUAUUAAAGAAAUGCAUUAGUGAUGCCAGCAACUUUUCUAUCCAGUUCCCUCUGGACAUGGAUGUUAAAAUGAAGGCUGUACUUUUGGGUGCUUGCCUCUUUAUUGACAUCAUGUUCUUUGACAAAGGUGGAAAUUUAUUUCUAAAAUAUUUAAGGGCAUCAUGAAAUGCCUUCCUUUUUUUUCUUUUUCUUUUUUAAAGAGUGUCUACAUUUAUAAUAUCCUGUCUCUGAGAGGCCAGUAUGGAGUCUGUAAGGAUUAAUAAGGACCUGGAGCAAAUCCAAGUUUUGCAUAUGCAGAUGAUUUGAUGAGUCUGCUUUCCAUUUGAGGGAGUUUGCUUUUCAGAGAACUGCUUUUCUCUCCUCCCAUAGCAGAAACAAUCAUAUGCAGGCGGUUUGAGUGAGAGUGUGGUAUGGUCUGAAUGACAGUAUACAUACUACUAAUGCCGUCAUAGAGAAAAAUGCAAAACAGGCAGGCAACCUUUGUCAAGAUGGAGAAACCUACACACUUAAAUGGACUCAUGGGACCUCAUCUAUUCCUUGGAAUGGGAUAUUCUUCAGUUCUACUUUCCUUUUUAGUGAAUUUUAAUGCUUUCAGCACACAUGCACUGUUAGGAAAAUAUUGAACAGUGUUUUACACAACCUUGUAGUUUUAUUUGUACAGCACAAAUUAACCAAAUGUACUGCCAUUUGGCUGUAACUCUUCAAAAUGUCAGUUUCUGAUGAUGUCAGUACUAUUUUUUAGCUCUCGUAAUCGUAUUUAGCUCUAGACAAAACUGACAAUCACG